AUGGAGUACCCAUACUAUCCCAACCCCCAAUCCCAACAGUUCUCUUUAUACAACUUGCAAGGGGCGCCCACCCUCGGUCAGAACGACGAUGACAACCAUCGAAACCCACAGACCGAUGACAUCCAGGAUACUCUCGCUUCGUUGGGGAUACAGAGUUAUCAGUCCUUCGACCCUUCGUUUCGCUUCCAGAACCCCACCGCAGCGUUCGGACAUCCGCCACACUCUCCACCCGAGUCAUUCUCAAAGCAUUCCGCCUCUGGCAGUGAUAUCUUCGGCCAACCGACCGAGCCGACUUCGUUAGAUGGAGAACUGGGUUUCGGUCGGAGUAGUAGCGAGGAAAAGGAGUCUAUGACUCCAGCGCAAUCAAAGCGCAAGGCACAGAACAGAGCAGCUCAGCGCGCGUUCCGCGAACGAAAGGAGCGACAUGUGCGAGAGUUAGAGGAAAAGGUUAACAGCCUGGAACAAGCAUCAUCCAAUUUGGUUGCGGAUAACGAACGCUUGAAGCGAGAGUUAGCCCGGUUUACAACAGAGAAUGAGAUCCUGCGCGCAACGUCGGGCUCGAGCGACCGAACACACCACAACUCAGAUGAGCCAACUACGACAGGGCCGUUGACAUACACUCCCACAGAUUUUUACUCCGAGCUGGUACCGAAGGGCGAACCAGCUCGUCUCCAUCGUGUGUCAACCUGCGCACAGACCGGGGAGAAAUUGCUCGGUGCCGGUGCUACAUGGGACCUAAUCCAAGGGCAUGAGCUGUUCAAGCGCGGUUUAGUCGACAUCAGAGAUGUCUCGGAACGGCUGAAGAACAUAACUCAAUGUGAUGGACAGGGCCCUGCUUUCCCCGAGACCGAGGUGCUCAAGGCAAUUGAAGAAAGCGCAGCUGCUCAUGAUGAUGACCUUCUUUGA